AACGAACGCACGAAACAAGCAAACGAAGCAGAAAACUCCACAACAAUGCGGCAAACUGUUGACGCUUGUAGUCACAAAGAAUAAAUGACCGCGCAAAAAGAAAUGUUUAACGCGCGGAAGAGAAUUUCGCAACAAACAGGAUGCAGUGUUGGGCCUUGACUGCGCUUACAGAACUCAACACAACGUGUCCAUGCCAACAAAGUGUAUUUCAAAAUGGCGGCGUACACGAUUGUUUGCUAGUCGAAAAAGAACUUGUUGUUCUGUGUUGGAUAACGGUUGUUCUGCUCGACCAGAAUCGUUUUUCAUCCCAAAUCGAAUAGGACGCUAGUAAAGCUGCCUUUUCUACCAAAGAUUUCUACUGGGGGCCGUCGUUCUAACCCCUCAUCAAGGACAAUGGCCUGCCCUGAAACCACCUCCAUUUACACCAGACCGUCUCUGCCGUCUCUUUUGACUGAGUAUGGCUUUGAAGAUAAAUCAUCAGAAGAUGUGAGAGAGAAUAAAGUCAAAGAAAAAGAGAAGAAGCGUGUGCCGACAGUGAAGAAAUAUCCUCGAAAAACAGAAUCAUUUGACAACUCAGAGGUGGAUGCUGAAGCCGAGAAGCAGAAAGAGCGAGAUGAGUACUACGUUCAGAUGGUGCGGGACCUGUACAAGCUGCGAGACUACUACUACAACGAGUACUCGGGCAUGCUGUCGGAGAAGGUGGCGGCUCAGCGAAGGCAAAUCCGAGAGAGAGAUCUGAUCAGACAGAAACUGACAGAGAAGAAAGAGGAAGAAGAGAGAAGAGCCAGCCACCAUGUGAAGAAACGACUGGAGCGACACACGCUUGACACAACGCCCGCCACUGUCAGUGUGCCAAAGACAGAUCUGUAUCAUAUCGUGGGCCUGGAGCAGAAGCUGAGACAGCAGGGCAAGCUGAAGACGGUCAGCGACUACAACAAGUUCCGAGAGGAGAUGCAAGACCCUCGCACGUUCAACGCCCAGUUCCACGGUGGGAAAUUUUCAGAAUCCCACAAGUCUCCGGGCUCCAGCGUCUACACCUCCACCAGCCAGCGAGACCCCGGCGAGAUCUUCUCCCUGGCCCCCGACCCAGGGCUGGCCGCCCGUCUGGAGGCGAACCAUGCUCGCUCGCUCAGCCGCAUCUCGGAGAACCAGGAGGCUUCCCGCCCCGGCACACGCACAGAGACCUGGGCGAUCACUCAGCAGUACCCGUCCAUGUUUAAGAGUCGUCGAAGCAUCGGGGCAGGCCACGGGGCUCGAGUCAAGCCAGACCCACAGGCAGAUCUGGACAAAAGGUUCCCCAAGCUGGAGAUGCCCAAGCUGCACUGCUUCACCAUGAACCUGGCCCCCAAACCCCCAGACCCCGAGGAGGUUCGCCAGCAAACAGAGUUGAGGGCACGAGAGAAGCAGCGUAAGCGAAUGCUGCGCACAGUCACCAAGAUGUACCAACUGGCAAUGUCCAAUGCGGCCACUUCGAACAGGAUUAUGGAUGAACACGAAAAUGUUGACCUGAUGUUGAACGGACCCGACCUAUGUGAUGUGAUCGCCGACCACCACUGGAUGGAGGCGUACGGCCUGCGGGAAAUACCCCAAGAGUACAGCGGAGAGUUUGUCGAGGAACAGGAAGUGGAGGAGAGCCCAUGGCAGCAGCCGGCACUUCCUGAAGGUCAAACAGAACCAGACAUCGCGGCUCUGGAGGAGUCCAAGGGUUCGAGGCGAUCGUCAAAGAGAGGCUCCGCUCACUCUCAGAGAAGUCUUCCUCCGGUUGAAGAGGCAACCAAGUCUCAACCGUUGGCUCUGACAAUGACGGAGAUUGAGGACACCUGCAACAUCAAG